UCGCUUUGGUGUCUGUACAGAUAAUCUCUUUGAGAGUGUUUCGUUAUUGCUUUCUCUUCUAACAAUUCAUUACCUCAUCGAUUCCUUCCAUGGAAUUCGCGUCUUCAGCAUCCAAACUCUCACGGUAUUACGACGUGCUCAUCAACUUCAAUGGAGAAGACAUCCGCAGGAAAUUUGUUUCUCAUCUCGAUUCUGCCCUGUCGUCCGUUGGACUCACCACUUUCCUUCACCAUCAGAAUGCAGUGGAGUCAACGCACGUCCAACAACCUAUUCUCGAUCUGUGUCGGGUAGUAAUAGUUGUUUUCACCAAAACCUAUUCUGAAUCUGCUUGGUGUCUUCAUCAGCUUCAACAAAUCAUUCAAUGGCACCAAACUUAUUGCCGACAUGUUCUGCCUGUAUAUUACGAAAUUCAGCCAUCCGAUGUACGUUUUCAGAAGGGUGAUUUUGGAAAGGCCUUCAAAGAAACUGCACAUCAAACAUUUUCAGCACAACAACUUGAGCAUGGCAUGUCCAGAUGGAGCCACGCACUCACCAAAGCUUCAAAUUUGUUUGGAUGGGAUGAGAGUAAUCACAGGAGUGAUGCUGAACUAGUGCACGAAAUUGUUAAGAGCGUUCGUAAUUCAUCAGUUUUUUCUGCUACUAAAUUCCCAGUUGGAUUACAAUACCCAGUGGAAGAACUAAUUCAAACUAUAAAAGAUAAAUCCAUGGAUGUUUGUACAAUAGGGAUAUGUGGAAUGAGAGGAUCAGGUAAAACCACCCUUGCCAAAGCCAUCUACCAUCAAAUCCAUGGUACAUUCAUGCAUAAAAGUUUCAUUGAAGGUAUUGCACAAUUUAGUGAACCAAGAGGGGGUAUACAUUUUCAGGAACAACUUCUUUCAGAUGUCAUAAAAACAAAGUUCAAGAUAGAUACCCUUGAGAUGGGAAGAAAUAUGAUUCGGGACAGACUUUCGGGGAAAAGGGUGCUUAUUGUACUUGACGAUAUGGAUGACUAUCGUUCAUUAUUAUAUCUAAGGGAAAGUCGUUCAUGGUUAAGUAAAGGAACUGUAAUAAUCAUGACAACAAGAGACGACGACCUAUUUAGGCAAUAUCAAGUUCAAUCUGUUUUUCGGAUAAAUCCAAUGAAUGAAAAUAGGUCCCUUGAGCUUCUUAGUUGGCACGCAUUUAGAGAACCGAAACCAAAAGAAGAAUUCGAUUACCUUGCAAGAAGAUUAAUUUCUCGUUGUGGAGGACUACCUCUAGUUCUUGAAGUCAUUGGAAGUACCUUAUUUGAAAGGACAGAAGAGGAAUGGCAUAGUGUAUUGUUUGAAUUAGAGAACAUUCCCUUGUACAAUGUUCAACUGAAAUUGAAAAUAAGCUUGAACCGUUUACGCAAUCAAUUGGAAAGGGAUUUAUUCCUUGAUUUAUGUUGUUUCUUUGUUGGUAAGGACAGAGCAUAUGCUACGAAAAUCCUAAGUAGCUCUGUAGUAGAAGCUGAUAUUGAAACAGGUGUUCUACAUGACUUUAGAGUAGACGCUGAUAGUGGAAUAAGAGUUCUGAUGGAUCGUAACCUCAUUAAAAUCAAAAGGAAUAACAAAUUUGGAAUGCAUCCUUUACUACAAGAAAUGGGAAAAACAAUUUUUCGUGAAACUUCAAGAAGGAAACUUUGGAAGAACGGUCAACUGUUGUUUUAUGUGGAUGCAGAAUAUGCAUUGAAAGGGAGAAAAGACUAUGAGGUAUUGCCUUUGAUAUUGCUUUCAACUAGAAGAGAACCAUCAAGACUGCCGAAGGACGGUGUAAAUUCUGAGAACCUUUCUCCGAAAUUGAGGAGGAUUAGUUUCCGUGGGUUUUCCAUAGAAUAUAUAACCAACGUCUUUAAUGCGCAUGAUACAAUAGCGAUUGAUCCAAAACACAGUCUUCUUCAAUUCUUUUGGGAUGCACCCCAGGUUUUGAGAUCACUAAAAGUCCUUAACCUUAGUCACACCAUGUACUUAACAGAAACACCUGACUUUUCGAGACUACCAUAUCUUGAAGAACUCAUUCUAAAAGAUUGUCCGAGAUUGUGCAAAGUACACCAAUCUAUUGGACAUCUCAGUUAUCUUAUAGUGCUCAAUUUGAAGGGUUGUAAAUGUCUAAGCAAUCUGCCCAGAGGGAUAUAUAAGUUGAAAUCUUUAAGAACUCUUAUCCUCUCUGGAUGUUCGAAGAUUGAGCCAAUGGAGAAAGAUAUAGUGCAAAUGAAAUCCUUGAUAACUCUAAUUGCUGAAAAUACCACUGCGAAACAAGUGCCUUUUUCAAUUGUAAGUUCAAAAGCGACUGGAUAUAUAUCCUUGCAAGGAUUUGAGAGAUUGUCAUUUAAUUCUUUUCCUUCAAUCAUUAUUCGGUCUUGGAUGUCGCCAACAAUGAAUCCCAUAUUUUAUAUUCAUUCGUUGUGCGCGGAUGUCGAUAAUAGUUGGGAAGAUAUUGGACCAUUACUUAGCAGCCUGAAAAAUCUUCGAAGUGUUUUGGUGCAAUAUGACAGCGACUUUCAAUUAUCUAAGCAAGUAAAAAAUAUUCUGGUCGACUAUUUUUCAAAUAUUACCGAAUCAGAAAUUUCAAAGCAGCACUACAGGUCUUCUUUGAUUGGUGUUGGAGCAUACCAUGAAUUCUUCCAUGCCGUCAGCGAUAACAUAUCUGAGGUAUUGGCAAGUAGUGAGUCUUCUGAUAUCUCUGUUCCAGGUGACAACCACCCUUAUUGGUUGGCCUAUAUGGGUGAGGGAGAUUCUGUUUCUUUCACCGUGCCUCCAGAUAAGGACAUGAAGGGAAUGGUUUUGUGUGUUGUUUAUGCAUCAACCCCUGAAAUUGUGGCAACUGAAGGUCUUAGAAGUGUGUUAAUUGUUAAUUACACUAAGUGCACAUUGCAAAUACACAUGCAUGGCAAAACAAUUUCCUUUAAUGAUAUAGAUUGGCAGGCUAUAAGGUCAAAUUUAGGAUCAGGAGACAAGGUGGAGAUUUUUGUGACUUUUUCUCAAGGAUUGGUGGUCAAGAAUACAUAUGUCUAUCUUAUAUGUGGUGAAUCACAUUACUUGGAAAAAGAGCCUACUCCAAACAAAAAUUAUCUCCUUAGAUUGAUAAUGAAAAUUGUAAUGUGUGACUUUUGGUAAGUCAUUUAUCUUCUUUGAGAACUGCAGAUCCCUUUUGGCAAUCCAUAAAAGGCUUUUAGUUGAAUUUCACUUUCAUGGACCUCUGCCAAGAGGAAGCAACUCAUCAUUCAUAUCACUCAUCCCUAAGGGGGAGAAUCCCUAGAGAUUUAAUGAUUACAGACUCUUAUCUCUAGUAAGUUGCAUGUAUAAAGUCUUGGGGAUUUCUUCUCCACAUGCUUAGAAGACUAGGCUUUUAUGAAAAGUGUUAUUUUGGAUCAUGCUCUGUAUCUAUUUCUGUCAAUGAAAGCCCUGCUAUGGAGUUCGGUAUGCAAAGAGGCAUCAAACAAGGGGAUCCGCUUGGUCGUUUUGUGCUAGAACAUUUAAGUUUAUUGUUAGAUGUUAUAGGUAAAAGACUCUUUAGUGUGGAAGUUGAACUUCUGUUGUUUGCUGAUGAUAUGAUUUUCCUUUGGGAAAUGUCAAUGAAUAAUACAUGAUAUAAAAUGCUUGAUGAGAUGGUCAUACGGCACAAUUGGGAUGAAGAGGAAGAAGGUGGAAGAAGAAAUUGAUGGUAAUGAAGGAGAAGUGGAUGAAGAUGAUGAUGUUGCCUAGUGUUUUGGCUAUGCAGAUGUUGAUAGGAGGUUGAUAGCAGAGUUCCUUCUGUUUUAUGUGUUCUUGAGGGAUUAAGAGGAUGAAUAUGUGUUCUGGAAAUUUGUACUGCGUUGCCUAUUGUUUUUUUCAGUUGCUGACAAAAAUGAAGAGGAAAAUGGAUGAAGAACGGAAGAGGGUCUGGUUUUGGAGGAUGGGAAGAAUAUGUGUGGAUGUCUUGUAGAAGAAAAAAGGAAUUGUUGGUGAUGGAUGGGCGAGAUAAAAUGUGAAGAACCCGUAAUGAUGGUCUCUGCUUUUUGUAUGAAGAUGGAAGAGGCAAAGGAGUGGAGACCGCUGAGGAUUUAUGUUAUUAUUUUUAUUGUGCAAGCAAUUAGAGUUUUCUUUUGUUAGGAUUCACGUUGUUAAUGAAAAGACAAUUGUCUAUUAAUCCUUAGAUAGUUUGACGAA